GCAGGGUGGGAGAUGCAACAAUGGCCUUGAGAACAGUAGGAAGUGUGUUGGUGGUCUUUCUCUGGUCUGUGACAGUGGUACUGGGUCAGACUGGCUGGAGUGUGACUUACACCAAGAAGAGUUUCUGUACCUUAAAUGGGUCAACAGUGGAGCUGUCCUGCUCUUACACAUAUCCCAGUGUUCAUACAAUCACAACAACCUUCUGGUUCACUAAAAAUGAUGCUGCGGGUCCUGUUAGUCUGAGUGAUGACCCAGACUACAAAGGACGUGUGACAUACCGUAAGGAUAAAGAGAAUGGUCACACCCUGACAAUCACAGACCUGAGAGAGAGUGACUCAGCUGAGUACAAAUUCAGAUUUAAAGAUCAGACUGGAGGAUGGAGAUAUACUGGCACUCCUGGAGUCUCUGUGUCUGUCACAGGUCUUCAGGUGAAGGUGACUGGUAGACAUCAGGAUAAGACACUGACCUGUAUCACCACCUGUACUCUGACUGACAACCCCACCUAUAUCUGGUACAAGAACGGACACAAAGUAAAGGAGGACACUUCCAGCCUGUACUCAGACUACUUUAGUGAUGCAGACAGUUACUCCUGUGCUGUAAAAGGCCGUGAGGAUCUCCGCACUCCUGCAGUGUAUCUUCAGGUAAAGAUUACAACUUUACUGUUUUCAAGAUGGGUGACCCUGAACUGUGGCACGUGUACUCUGACUGACAACCCCACCUACAUCUGGUAUAGGAACGGAUACAAAGUAAAAGAGGACACAUCCAGCCUGUACUCAGACUACAUUAGUGAUGCAGACAGUUACUCCUGUGCUGUAAAAGGCCAUGAGAAUCUCCACUCUCCUGCAGUGUGUGUUCGUGGUCAGAACUGUUGGAGUGUGACUUACCCCCAUCAGGGAGUCUGUGCCUUGAAGGGGUCAUCAGUGGAUAUAUCCUCCACGUAUGACAGUGGUUAUGAUACGAUCACAUCAUCACUCUGGUUUAGUCCUAAACAUAAUGCCAGCUGGAGUGAUAAGUUGAUCCCUGAGGACCUAGCCACAGACCCAGGGUAUGCAGGUCGUGUGGAGUAUGCUGGAGAGAAGGAGAGCGGUCGCUCCACCCUGAGAAUCACAGAUCUGAGAGAGGAGGACUCUGCUGAGUACAAGUUCAUAUUCAACACAGAAACCUCAGGAUGGGGGUACAGCUUCCCUGGAACAACUCUGACUGUCACAGGUCUUCAGGUGCGGAUUAAGGAUCCAACCAACAUCAUAGAGGGAAAGGAUCUUUGUCUGUUCUGUGAGUCCAUAUGCUUUCUGCAGGACAACCUCUCUUACAUCUGGUACAAGAACAGACAACGUCUGAUCGGUCAUGAGACUAAGUACCUGUACUUAAAGCCGGUCAGCAGUGAGGAUACAGGCAGAUACUCCUGUGCUGUAGCAAACCAUGAGGAUCUCCACUCUCCUGAAGAGUCUCUCACUGUCACAUAUGGCCAAAGGAACACCUCGGUGUCAGUCAGUCCCUCUGGUGAAAUAGUGGAGGGCAGUUCAGUUACUCUGACCUGCAGCAGUUAUGCCAACCCACCUGUGGACAAAUACACCUGGUACAAGAAGAAUGUAACCUCACCAAAAGCAUCAGGACAGAGUUACAGCAUCACUAACAUCAGCUCUGAGGACAGUGGAGAAUACUACUGUGAGGCCCAGAAUGAAGUUGGAGCAAAAAUAUCAAAGCUUGUUCCUGUAAAUGUUUUGUAUAAACCAAAGACCACCUCAAUAUCAGUCAGUCCCUCUGGUGAAAUAGUGGAGGGCAGUUCAGUGACUCUGACCUGCAUCAGUGAUGCCAACCCACCUGUGGACAAAUACACCUGGUACAAGAAGAAUGUAACCUCACCAAAAGCAUCAGGACAGAGUUACUGCAUCACUAAUAUCAUCUCUGAGGACAGAGGAGAAUAUUACUGUGAGGUUGAGAAUAAAUAUGGACGUCUCAACUCUUCUUCUGUGUUUGUGGACGUUCACUCAGUGUUUCCCUGGGUUCCUGUGGUGGUGGUGGUGGUGGGGGCUGUCCUGACUGCUGGAGCUCUUCUAGUCACCAUCUACUGCUAUAUGAAGAGGAGAUCCACAGGAGGAAGUGAUGCCACAGCAGACACACAGAGUGUCCAUCCUGAUCCUAACAGUGAGACGUACACAGCUCUGAACAUGAAGACCAGGUCAUCAGAGUAUGACACCCUUGUAAAUGUGAGGGGACUCCCCAGUGACACAGCCCCUCAGAUAGAUACUGAGCUCUCCGAUUAUGAGAAAUGAAGAGAACCACCACAGAACCUGGACUGAAGAGAACCACCACAGAACCUGGACUGAAGAGCUCCAGCAUCAAACCAAAGCUAGGCCUCACAAUGCUAUUCUAUUACUAUCAUAUUGCUUUCUAAUCUAGAAUGUUUAAGACAAUGAGCUUUAACUUUUGAGUAAAUGAUGGAAUUUAGAUUGUUCUCCUAAUGAUAAAUACAGUAUGUGCACUACCGUUCAAAAGUUUGGGGUCACUUAAAAUGUACUUGUUUUUGAAA